CAUACGCGCCUAUUUAUACGGUGAGAAGGAAAGAGAGAGACAGAGACAGAGAGUGUGCGAGCAGUUUAAGACAGAGUGAUCUAUGAUAAUGGAUCGCAACGCUGUCUUCGCUAUAAGCUUCAUCUGCAUUGUCGUCGCCGGCGUUGGAGGCCAAGCUCCGGCAUCAUCACCUACUUCAACACCGGCGCCGCCGUCUACCCCCACCGCACCAAAAGCUUCUCCUCCUACUUCAACUCCGGCCCCUCCCUCUACCCCCACAGCACCAAAAGCUUCUCCUCCUACUUCAACUCCUGCCCCUCCCUCUACCCCCACCGCACCAAAAUCUUCUCCUCCUACUUCCACCCCAGCUCCGCCGACUACUCUAGCUCCGACCACCUCUCCUAAGGCGGCGCCACCUACUGUAAUAUCAUCUCCGCCGGUUUCAACUCCACCACCAGCUACUCCUCCUCCGGCUACUCCUCCACCAGCCACUCCACCACCGGCUACUCCUCCUCCGGCCACUCCUCCACCGGCUGUUCCUGCACCUGCACCGCUUGCUGCUCCACCUGCUCAGGUUCCGGCCCCAGCUCCGAGCAAGAAGCCAAAAUCUCCGUCGCCGUCGCCGUUGGCAGUGAGUCCUCCGGCACCGCCGACGGAAGCACCAGCGCCGACGAACGGGGGGGCUACAUCGCCUUCCCCAUCUGCUCCCGAAAAGAGUGGGGUGGAGAAAUCGUGGUCCAUGGAGAAGAUGGUCAGGAGCUUGAUCUUUGGAUGGGCUCUCCUUUGUUUGCUAUUCUGAGAUGACAAAACAGAAAGUUCCAGUAUCAGAGAUUUUUUUCUAUCUUCUGUUUCAUUUACUUUUUCCCGUAUUAUUAUUAUUGGCUGUGUCAUUUUUAGCCCAUAUUUAUAUGGUGAUGGGACUGGAGGACCUGUAUUUGGACCAUUCAUUCAUCAGUUGGAUUCUUUAAGGAGAUUUUUCUUGGGAGCUUUUGUAUUUUUAUUUUGAAUGGUUACAGUUUAGUGACCUAUUUUUUUUCUCUCCUGAUUUCAUGUUUAGCUUCAUGUUGUUCCAUUGUAUUGUCACCGCACGAGCUUGACAUAUAUUACUUGGGAUUAACCUGGUGGAUGAGCUACCCUAUUAUUGAUGCAAUAUUUGAGUUCAAAUUUUACUGA